AUGUUUUAUCUGACUUACGGUGAAUAUCAAUCCGCAGUUCCCGUACGAUAUCUUGCAGCCGCUGUCGGCCGAAAAGGCGAGCGGCCAGAAAUGCAAGAUGCACACACCAUAGUGGAGAAUUUACUCAUUUACUUCCGGGUUCCACCAUCGAAUGAAGUCCAGCGAUUGAGUUUCUUUGCUGUUUUUGAUGGUCACGGUGGUGCUCGAGCUGCUGAAUUUGCAGCAAAGCGCCUCCAUCUCCAUCUAGUUUCUCGAUUUCCACGAGGUGGUGUUAAACAGAUUGACAAGGAUAUUCGUCGUGUUCUGUACGAUGCUUACAAGAAAACCGACGAGGAUUUCCUUCGAGAAGCCAUUCAGCAGUAG